CGCCGGCCGGUCAGCGCGCUGGGCCUGGUUUCCGCUGCCUCCCCCGGACCACUUAGUCUCAACCCGGGUGUGGUUUCCACUACUAGAGAAUGAAACAUGACUGAGGACUCUCAGAGAAACUUCCGUUCAGUAUAUUAUGAGAAAGUGGGGUUUCGUGGAGUUGAAGAAAAGAAAUCAUUGGAAAUCCUCCUAAAAGAUGACCGGCUGGAUAUUGAGAAACUUUGUACUUUUAGUCAGAGGUUCCCUCUCCCGUCCAUGUACCGUGCGCUGGUGUGGAAGGUGCUUCUAGGGAUCCUGCCUCCGCACCACGAAUCCCAUGCCCAGGUGAUGAUGUAUCGCAAGGAGCAGUACUGUGAUGUCCUUCAUGCCCUGGAAGUUGUUCGCUUUGUCAGCGAUGCCACACCUCAGGUUGAAGUCUAUCUCCGCAUGUAUCAGCUGGAGUCUGGGAAGUUGCCUCGAAGUCCCUCCUUUCCACUGGAGCCAGAAGAUGAAGUAUUUCUUGCCAUUGCCAAAGCCGUGGAAGAGAUGGUAGAGGAUAGUGUCGACUGUUACUGGAUUAUCCGAUGCUUUGUGAACCAAUUAAAUAAUAAGUACCGGGAGUUUUUACCCCAGCUGCCAAAGGCUUUUGAACAGUACUUGAAUCUGGAAGAUAGCCGUUUGCUGAGUCAUCUGAAGACAUGUUCCGCGCUGUCCAGACUUCCUUACGAUCUCUGGUUCAAGAGGUGCUUCGCAGGGUGCUUGCCUGAAUCCAGUUUACAGAGGGUUUGGGAUAAAGUUGUAAGUGGAUCCUGUAAGAUCCUAGUUUUUGUAGCUGUGGAAAUUUUGUUAACCUUUAAAAUAAAAGUAAUGGCUCUGAACAGUGCAGAGAAGAUAACAAAGUUUCUGGAAAAUAUUCCCCAGGACAGCUCGGACGCGAUUGUGAGCAAGGCCAUCGACUUGUGGCACAAGCACUGCGGGACCCCAGUGCACUCAGCCUGAUGGCUCCCUGCACACACGGCCUACCAGGCUGCGCUGAGCGGUGUGUUCUCAGGACGCUACCCACUACACUCACUGAAAAUCCGGUUCUUGCUUUGGUGCUCAAAGCAUCAUUUUUCCCCCAGUAAAAUUAUUUAAGAUACCUGGUGACACUGUUUGGAGCAGCAACUUGUGGUUACACAGACGUACAAAGCUCAACUCUGAAUAGCAUUUAAAAGGGUUAUUCAAAAAUACCUCCCUGUUUUCCAUGUAUCAGCCAGGGAGGGUGCGUGCUUUGAUAGGCAAGCCUGCCCUGCUCCUCUCUAAUUAGCACCACGCUCGUUACUUUCUAAAGCUAUUUCUGGAAUAAAGAACAACUACCUUUUGUUGACAACUCAGAUU